AUGCAAUCGUGUGAUUUCUGCGGGAAUAUCGACGGUGUCUCAUUUUACAAAUUCCCAUUACAAGAAGAGCGUCGUGGCAUUUGGAUCGUCAAUAUGGGGAGGGACGUUGAAUGGACUCCGUCUGAAACCUCGUCACUCUGUUCCGCUCAUUUCACCCCGGAUUGCUUUGAAUCCGACUCUGCACGUUUACACCCAGACGCGAUUCCUACGAUAUUUAAUUGUACACAGUCGAAGAAUCAGAUUUUAAAAGUCACUGAAAAUGUCUCUUCGCACCAAGAAACUACCGAGCCCAAAGACUCCUCCAGAUCAUCCUGUUGUGACUGUAACAAACGCUUGAAGGCAACAGAAAGAAGUUACCAGCUGAAAUUAGCUUCAGCCAAUCUCCAGCUCAAAGAGUGCAAAAAGAACCUUGCAGAGGAGUCACGAAGAGCAACACAAUGGCAGAAGAGAGUCAUAGUUUUGCAGAGUGCAAUCAGAGCAAUGAAACAAAAUGGGUCGAUACCUGCAACAAGAAAAACGUCUAUACCUACGACCGAUCAUAUGGAUUGAAGCACAUUUUGACUAGAUUACUUGCACGAAGAAUCGAAAUAUAAUGACUUUUGUCUAGGUAAACAAGAGGGUCAGUAAACUCACCAGUAUGAUGCACACAAGCCCCCUUUUUUUUGCAAACUGAAGCACAGUUUUCAAAGGAAUUUAAUACACUUCA